AUGCGCCUCCUCCAAGAGUUGAUCGCCACCGAAGGGACGAGACAGGUGGUUGAGGAUGGAAAGCAGAUAUUGUCUUCCUGCGACCGAUGCAAGCUGAGAGCCUCAUCGAGCUCCGGGAUCCUAGGAAGGAGCAAAGACCCUCGCCUGCUCUUCCCCCGAGAGCUGGGCGGCCAGGGCUCCCUGCAUGAUAAAUGCCCGUGCCGCGCGCCCUUACCGAUCCUCCCUGGCUCUUCCGCUCUUGGAAGUGGCUGGGCGAGUGUCAGAGACAACGCAAGAAAUGAUGUCGAGGAAUCAGAGAGAGAAAGGGAGAAAGAUCUGCGGUCGUCUCGCGUGGAGUGUCUCUUACAAGAAGCGCUAGAAGAGGCCGUCCCAAUCUUGGGCUGCGAGCCUGCCCUCCACCGCUCCCCACCCAAGCAGCAGCAACAGCCACCCCUGACCGCAUUCCAGCGACUGAGCCUGGUCCUCGACGGACAGGCGCACUAUCUCGACCAGCCGGGGCCCCAGAACCGGGUGCUGCUCUCGCUGAAAUCGACGAUCGCCGAGGACACCGACUGGGCCCUCGAGGUCCUGCUGGCCGCCUCGUUCUACGAGCCCGAGCUGCUCGCGCUGGCCCGCUUCCCCGGGCUGAUCGACGCCCUGCUCGACCUGGCCGAGCCCUACCGCUCCCCGGGCCUCUUCGCCGACCCCGCGGGGCGCGCCGGCCGCAGACGGGCCCUCGAGGCCGCCCUCGUCCUCCGCAACCUGCUCGCCAUCGACGCCACCCUUGCAGCCCUCGUGCCCAACCAUCCCCGCCUGCUCCCGCUCGUCCUCCGCGGCCUCCGGACCGCACAGGCCGACUCCGACCACGAGUUCGUCGGCCUCCUCCUCGACAUCCUCGACAGUCUCGCCGCACACAACCUCGUCCGCCUCGACCAGGCCCUCCGCCCCACCACGCCCCACCCCUCCCAGAACCUCCACAACCAACUCCCGGAGAGCACCCCGUCUCGGGAGAGCUCCUCUGCGUCGGCCGAGUGGCCCGCCGAGCUGCUCGCGUCUCUCGACCGCCUCACCCAGUCCUCCGACCGCGCCCUCGUUCUGGCCGCCUACCGCUGCUUCACCGCGCUCGGCUCCCUCGCCGCGAACCAGGCGGCCUUGACGGCGGAGCUCUUCCGCCCCGCCCCAGGCGACGAGGCGGAUGAAGGGGCGCCGAGGCCCUGGCCAGCCGCCCUGGAGCGCGCCCUCGUCCUGCUGGCCCUCCCGGACGUGGAAAUGCUGAUGGGCGUGCUGGACUACCUCUACACACUCACGUCGGCGGGCGAGACCGGGCUGGCCAUCGUCCUUCUCCACCCCCACAUCGCCGCCAUCCUCAAGCUCCUGCUCGUCCAUGUCCACCACAACAGUCGCCUCGAACGCCUCCCCGCCGAGCUCGUGCCCGUCCCCUCCAAGCAAUGGUACUUCCUCCGCCCGCCCUGUCCCGAGCCGAUCCCCGAAGACGUCGUCCUGUCCGUCUACGGCACCAACCCGACGACCAGCACUCUCAACAAGAGUCCCGGGACCAGGACGGCCCCUCAGACGCUGACGAUGUCCGAAGUCCACCAGAUCCUGCUGCCCGAAACCCAGCUCAAAGACAUCGUCAACCUCUCCGAACCCAACCGGGCACGCCAAUGGAUGUCGCGCGUCUUCGAGGCCUACCCCGGCGGGGAAGUCCAGCAGGUCACGCUCUGGCUCGCCUACAAGACCCAGUUCGAACUCUUCCAGAACCCCUCCCACUUCGGCCCCGGCAUCCAGAUGAUCGCCCCCGCCGAGGCCAUCAAGCUCACCUCCGACGUCUUCCCCAACGCGCUCCCCUCCGUCACUGAACACAAGUCCGGAGAGAAGAAAUUCGUCAUCUCCGGCAUGCGCGUCCGGCCCAAAAAACGUACGCCCUCUUCUCCCCCCCAUUUUCGCGCCUUUGACUUAUAUUUUGUUUGGGGGGGAUGUAGAGACGAAGAUAUGGCAGUACGCACGUUGUCGCGCGGGCCAGCAUCUGUCAUUGGCGGGGGUAGCUACGUGCACGAGCGCUGGGAGCCGCCGAACGCGGGCGCAUAUCUGCCCGACCAUGCGCUGCCUGGCGCCGGCGGCGGGGGCGCGACGGGGAUCGGCUUCGUCGCGCUGCUCGUCCUCCGCAACCUGCUCUCGGCGCUCGUCGACGCCCUGGCCGACCGCGCCAAGGCCCUCGACUCGCCCUCGGCGACGACGACGACGACGACGGGAGAAGCCGAGCCGGCGCGGGCCCCGGGCGCCGGCUGGCGCCGCAUCGACGCCCUCGUCGACCUGGCCCCCCCGUCGACCCUUUCAGCCCAUCUGGUCCAGCUCGUCCAGCUCGUCGCCGGCCUCCUCCCCGCCUCGGACGACGCCCCGCCACCCGCCGGAGAUCCGCGCGAGCGGCUCCCGCUGGGCUUCGUCGAGAAGGAGGCCCGCGCCCUGCUCGCCGCCGGGCCCCACUUCCUCGCCGUCGCCGCCGACAUCCUCCACGCCUUGGCCGCCCUCGCCGCCGCCGCUGACGCCCUCCUUCCCCUCUCCUCUCUUCCUCCGCCCCCAGCGCCGGCAGACUCCGAUGCGCUUAUGCUCGACGCCGCCUGA